CUCUAUCUUCAAUUACUUUACCCGAUUAUUUCUUAACCGAAUUAUGAAAAUACCGUUUUGAUUGCCUUUAUUGUUGAAGUACUUAGUUGGGUAUGGUGGGAAUCUUAAAUUGUGAUAUUCCAGAAUACUAUAUAUAACUUUUCUCCUCUAAUUCCUUAUAAGAAAGAAACUUUGCAUAAAAAAUAUUUUUUGUUGGGAUUGUUUGAGAAAUCCUAUUAAGAUUGAAGAAGCAUCUAAAUAUUCCACACUAGAUAAACUGAAGCAGCAGUUCCUUUUUCUUCCUGCUAAGUAUAAGGUUAGUUCUUUAGUGAAAAGUUUCUCUUUUAGGUUUGUUGGGAGAAAGCAAGCCAAGUGGAAAGCAUUGUAUCCAGCAAUUGGCUUAUAAUGAUGUUCCAUGUAAAUUACAUCUUGUUGAUGACAAUCGAUGAGUUUGAAUAUAUAUGCAUAAGCGCCGAAGGUAUUCAGAGAAAGUGUAUUAUUACUAUAUAACACUAUUUGUGUUGAUGUGCUCUCAUAAUAAUCAUAAUUAUAUGGCUUAAAGAUGUGGGAGUUUUGACAUUGUGACACCCCUAGAAUAUGUUUUGAAAGUCUUAACAUGUUUGGCAUAUUGGAUAUAGGGAAUUGUAACAUAUUGGCGUGAUAGUCUAACAAUACACCUGCAGAUAAAAAGGUUUUCUAAAAGUGAAAGGAGGUGUUUGUAAGAGUGACAUGUAGCUAUAAACUCUUAGUUGAGAUUCUGUAGGACUGGUACUUAAUGUGAAAAGUAGUCAGGUGUAAGCAAGAAACUUUCUUGCUAAGAAAUAAGAAUGUUAAAAAGUGGUGAUUAUUAUUAAAAGAUUAGGAAAAGAGAGGCCUUAGUUGAGAGAGCACUUACAACAUUUUAUUAUGAUGGGACCUAAUAGUCUGGUGGGGCAGUAGUAUUUUCUGGUUCAUUUCCCUGUCUGCUGAGGAGAAGAAAUAGUUCUUGUUUUAAGCCAAGAAUAUGUUUUGAAAGCCUAAGUAGUUGCAUCUCUUGAUUAUUUGAAGUGAACAUAAUCCAACUGAUGCAAAGUAACAUAAUCCAACUGACGCAAAGUUCAGACCUCAUAGAGGGCUUAUCGCAGUUAAGACUGCACCGACAUGUGCUGUUAAAAAACCUAUUUCCGCACAUUUGAUCUCUUUUCUCUAAUAAGUAUGCAAAUAAUCAAGCAAGUCAUUGUAUUCGUGAUCUCUGGUAUGGGGUUUCUUAAUUAAUUCUUGGUUUUGGUUCUUGACUUUUUUGGACUUUUUAUUCUCUGUUUCAACUUAGUGUGUAUCCAAAUUAAUGCUUUGUGGUUUUUGAUAUAUUUUUCUAAAUCUUUUCCUUUGGUUCAAAUUUUGAUCUUUUUGCUAUGUGAAGUUUAUGCAUGCAUCGUAAUGUUUCUAAAUUAAACAUAUCUUGUUAUUAGUUUAUUUCUGGUUAAGUUCAGUUUGACAUUGUACUGAAAGAUUUUGACUGCAAAUUGGACAAUCUUGCAAUAGUUAGUGGUGUUGAAUCUGGUAAGCUAAUUCAUUAGAGGGGUUCUACUUGUUGCUAUUACUUCUUUUCAUCUUUUCUUUAGCUCGAGGAUCUAUCGGAAACAACCUCUCUAUCCUUCCAGUGUAGGGGUAAGACUGCGUACAUCUUACUCUCCCCAGAUUCAAAGCCUUAUGUUUCUAAGUAUUUCUCAAUCAUUUGUUUCUGAUACAAUAGACAAUAAAAAAUAGAAAGAAGGUUAAUCAUAUAGUUUUACUUUUUUAUUUUAUUGUAGGUAAUUAGAUGAUGGAUAAGAGCUGGAUAUUCAUCAAGAAUAGGACGUUACCUCAAUACUUGAAUGCCUAUCAUGAUGACAGAUGUGCAUGUUUCUAAUAAUGAUGGAACUGCUGAUGUAAUCUCAAAUCCAUCGUCAGAUAAAGGUAAAAAGAGAAAAGGAAGAGGGAAGACUACAUGGCUUUCAAUCCAAAAGAAACGCAAAGAUAGUGACAAUGGAAAGUUGAAGGUGAUUAUUCCAUCAGAUCGAGCUGUAGCAGUAGGACCUGGAGCUAAUGAUUUCGUUACCGAGCUCUCUGUUAAAGUUAUGCAUAAUGCUAGGCAUGAUGUCAAGAAUUGGAAGGAAGUUCCUGAUAUUGCAAAAGAUAGGAUUUGUGCCCAUAUGCUGGAUACCUUCCAACUUCCAGACACACAACACAAUCGGGAUACUAUCCUUAAAACAGCUAAUAAUUUAUAUAGAUAUCGUCGUAGUAGGCUCAAUGAUCAUUUCAAGAAAUAUGCUACAAAGGAGGAUUGCUUGCAGAACAUGCCACCCGAUGUUAAUGAAGCUGAAUGGAGAUUCCUG